GGGGGGCGAUGGGCAUAGACUGCCCAGGGCCCAUCCGUGGCCUGGGGAACCCCCAGGGAUGGCACCCACAGCUGUGGGCAGCACUGCCUGCGCCUCACCGCCCUCCGAGGGGAGGAUUUCCUCCUGACACCCAACCUAAGCCGACCCUCUGUUGGUUUAAUAACCUCACCGUUAGUUUAGUUUGUGCGAUUGCAGUGCAUUUGUGCCCCAUACGCUUCUGCCUGUACCGGCAGCCUUCCGCGGGCACUCCUCACACAACACUGACCGUUCUCCGUCCCACAAGUUCCAUGGGGUCAGGGCUGCCACACGACAGCAGGAGCCCUCUGGGACAGAUGGAGGAGCUGCCCUUUCAGCCAUUGCAGCUGGCAUUUGAUGAGCAACGCAGCAGCUCCUGGCAACACUUAGGUGCUGAGCUGAGUGUCUCACUGCAUUGUGCCAACCCGCUGUGAUCUCUGAUUGCUUUCCCAUGUCAUGGCAACCCUCAUUCCCCCUAACAUACCUAAGUGAGUAUACAUUAACUUACUGAAAGGCCUUCCACCUACACCCACCUGCUUCUAGGAAAGACAGAUCCUGGUUGUAUUUUUUCCAUGGUUUGCCAGUUCUGCUGGCCAGCAGGAUGUCUGCACUACGGCCACCCCAGAGAACCAGCUUUGCAGGCACUUUUGGGAUCCCAAGUCCCAGCUCCUGACUCAGACAGCACUUUUCCAGCUCUGUUUCUAACCUCACCUCUUCAAGAAGACCAGCUCACUGGGGUUUGCCCAGCAAAGGGCUCAGCUUGGCAGCUCUCACUGCGACAAGGAGCAAAGCACCCUGUGUGGUGUCAGUCCUGGUGUUCAGCUGUACCACAGAUCUUCCCAUUGCUCCCUCUGUCUACGUCGUCCUGUUGGGUAUUUUCAUUUAUGAGGCACAUCACAACUAGCUGCUCACUUUAGGACCUCUCCUGAAUCUUCCUCUGAGAUUACAAGUGGCCAAACACAUAUCCGCAGUGCGAAACCCACCCUGCCCAAGAAACAGAAGGCUCUGUCUUUGCAGCUUUCUGCUAGAGGCCAGUGGUCCAUGUGGCCCGCCUUUGCAGCUGGGCAGACAGUCCUAAGGAAUCACAAACCCUGCAGUGCCCCAGAGGAGAGAACAUGUAGCAAUGAACAGGCCCUUCUUACCAUUCCAAAGCCACGUCACUUGGAACAAUUGGAGUCUUACUUAAGGAAAGAGCUGCAGACUCUUGACCUGACUAAAGGGAUCUCCCAGGAACUGAAGCUGCAGCCCUACAGAGAGAUAUUUGAAUUCUUCAUAGACAACUUCAAGACCUACAAGCCCUUGCUGUCAGCUAUAAAGAAUGAGUAUGAAGCCACAUUGGCUCAUCAGAAGGAGAUGAUUCGUGCCCUAGAGCCCCUGAAGGCCAUGGUCACCACUGUCUCUGAGGAGUGCACCCAGCAGAUAUUAGCACUGCAGGAAAAGGAGAAAGUGGAAAUAAAUACUUUAAAGCAAGAGAAACAUCAUUUGUUAAAGUUUAUUGACAACAUGAAGGAAGAGAAGUGUUCUCUUCAGACUCAGGUGGAGCACCUGCAGAUGAGCGUAGCUGAGGAGUACACUCGCUACCUCCAGGAGUACGGCGCCCGCAAACUGCUUCUAGCAAAACUGAAUGACAUGCACAACGAGCAGCUGAACGUGAAACAGCACCAGGCCCAAGAAAAAGCUGUCAAGGGCGAAGACGUGGUGAAACUCACUCUGGCAUUGAAGAUGGCUCGGCAGGACCUGACAAAAGCCCAAGUGAAGCUGAAUGCAAUGACAGCAGAGUAUGGAGACGUUGUGCCCAGGAGACGUUUUGAAUCUCUGGAGAAGAAAUACUCUGAUUUACUUCAGGAGAUGAAGACUCUGAGGAAGGAUUUUGAUCAGCUCCAUGAGGAGUAUGGAACACUGCUCGAAAUCCACAGAGAGACUGCAGAAGAGCGAGACAGCUUCUUCACCAGACUCCAGGAAGCCGAGCGCAGUCACACGCCCCGGCCCAACUGGGCAAAGUGUUCAGAAGUGAUUCCUGGUGGAGCGGAGCGGUGGGACUGUCUGGCCAAGGGGAAGAGCAGCCAUCAGCUGGUGGAUGUGCUUCUGGAGGAAAUAGGAACAGGAGUGCUAAAAGAGAUGAAUGUCUUCCGUGGAUGGGGCAAAGGUAACAAGGUUCCUGUGCACCUGAGGUAUGAAGGUGAAGUCAAGAACAAAAAGCCGACUAAGAAGGAUGUGGUGAACAUCCUGAAGGACAUCUGGAAAGAGAAAACUGCAUUAGAUCAGCAGACAGGAAAACGAUCCAGUCUUCCUGAGUUCUUUCUCAGCUACCUCCAGAAGAAGUAUGGAGAUGCCUCUGCUGUGGAAUGGUCUUACACUCUCUCUGAGUACAUGCGACUCUGUCCAUCAAACCAUGUCAUGAGCUCGUUCUAUGAGAUACUCACUGGGAAGGUAGCUGAAGAGCAAUACCACAGCCAGAACCAGCUGAUUUCUGACCUGCAGAAGGAGCUGGCUGCCUGUGACAGCUACAGCAGUGGGUCCCUGCCCAGUGAGCAGUUCAGGAUGGCUCUGAGGGAAGCUUUUCCUCUGAAAAGAAGAGAUGCAAUCCAAGAGCUGGUUGAUGCAAGCAUGUUCAGUCUGGACAGCGAUGACGACUUCAUUGACUACAUAUCCUUAUUCAAAGAAGAUGAAGAGGGGAACCCUGAACCUUUUGUUGCAAAGCUCAGGAGCCAGUAUGUCAGUGAGAAGCAGGAGUACCUGCAAGAGCUAAAGAACAGCCUGGGAGAUGUAACAGAGGUGGAUGCAGAUGAUCUGAAGGCAGCCUUCUGCAGGAUUGAUCCUGAGAUCAGUGAUCAGACACUGGAUGCCUACAUCGGCCUGGCGUACCAGGUCAGAAGAGAACAGCCUGACCAAGAAGUUGUGCCUGUGGACACCAUACUGGAAAGACUCUGCGUUGGAGAUGUGAGACGAGUAGGGCCCUCACCCAGGAAAGAAAGCACAACAGACUUUGAAGGAGAGUAAGGAGGCUUCCCAUAUUAAAAAUAAAAAGCCUGUUUCAUCUGCA